GAACGGAACACAGGAAUCGGACUGUGCGCGUAAUUGAAAGCGGGGUUUUCAGUUUUGUCGCAAAGCAGCGGCUCAAGAAAUUUGACGUUUAUUUAUUAAAUUGGAAUUUGCUCUGGCGUUCUAAUUGGAUUCUACCGUCGCGCCCAAACGAAUCUUUCGAAAACGGUUGAACUAAAUACCAUCUCCUUGAUUCGUUUUAAAUUUAUUUGCUAGUGCGUAGAACGUUUCGUCGAUUGAAGUGCUUCAAAUUAUUAAUCAGCUAAAAAAAAAUUAUUAAUCAGCAAGUGAAAAAGUGAAAUAUAGUAAAUGUGUUGGUAAUGAAAAAUGCUACAAAUAUUUAAUUUUAGUGAAUCAUUUACUCAGUGUUUUUUAUAACAAAAGUAUGAUUUAAAUCAUAGAAAAUGAAAAGUUCUGAGUAAAACGUAGCAUAAAAUGUUUCGCUAUUGUUUGUUAGUGCCACUAACUGUGUAGUGGAUUAAAUAAAACCGAAAACGUGCACUACAAAAGCAACAACUUAUUUAAUUUAUUGUCAAGGCUAACGUCUUUUCACCAAUUAAAGCUGGCACGAAGUCUUAUUAAAUAAAAGGCUAGUACUUGGCGGCAACAAAAAUAGAAACAAACAAAAAUUAUUUUCGUCUGCAAGUUUGGUUCACUAUGAGCUCAUUUUUAAUGGGUUAUCCACACGCACCGCAUCAUGUUCAAAGCCCAAUGGGUAUGGGCAAUGGUUUAGAUCCAAAAUUUCCUCCCGUUGCCGAUGACUAUCAUCACUACAAUGGGCAUUACUCCAUGACCGCAACGACGGGACAUAUGUCGGGUGUAGGUGGCGCAAUGGGUGGUGGUAUGCCACCCGGUAUGCCGACGCAUCCUCAUGCUACCCAUCCUGCCGACAUGGUCAAUGAUUAUAUGGCAGCCGCUGCUCACCAUCAUUCCACUGCCACUCACCAUCCGCCUCACCUACAUUCCCAUACAAAUAGCGCGCUCGCAGGUCACCAUCACAAUAAUGGUUACACCAACUAUGCUCCAACGCCUACUCACCAUCACCAUCAAAGUCUUGGAUAUUAUGGGCAUCACGCGGCAGCGGUGCAUUCUGGUCCGCCGGAGUUCAUAUCGGCUGGAGCGGUACAUAGCGAGCCGGUGACGUCCUUGGGAAGCAGUGUCUAUCCACCGCCGGUCAAUACACCGAAUGGCAUCAGCGCAUCACUCACAUCUAAUGGAUAUUAUGGCGGUUAUUAUGGUACAAACGGAAGUGUUGGUAGUGCCCAUUCGCAAGGGCAUUCACCACACUCCCAAAUGAUGGAUAUGCCCCUGCAAUGCUCUUCAACGGAACCGCCGUCGAACACUGCGUUAGGGCUCCAAGAAUUAGGUUUAAAGCUCGAAAAACGGAUUGAGGAAGCAGCGCCCGCCGGACAACAGUUACAAGAACUUGGCUUGAGGCUACGCUGUGAUGAUACUGGGUCAGAAAAUGAUGACUUGUUGGAAGAGGAUCGUCUGAUGUUGGAUAGAUCACCAGAUGAACUAGGCUCAAAUGAAAAUGACGAAGAUUUGGGUGACUCGGAUUCAGACGAAGAUUUAAUGGGAGAAACCGCAGAUGGCGAGAGAAUCAUAUAUCCAUGGAUGAAGAAAAUACACGUAGCUGGAGUUGCUAAUGGUUCCUAUCAGCCGGGCAUGGAGCCGAAACGUCAGCGCACCGCCUACACUCGCCAUCAGAUACUCGAACUCGAAAAAGAAUUCCACUAUAAUCGUUAUCUCACUCGUCGUAGACGCAUCGAAAUCGCACAUACGUUGGUGUUGUCGGAGCGGCAAAUAAAAAUAUGGUUCCAGAAUCGACGCAUGAAGUGGAAAAAAGAUAAUAAAUUGCCAAAUACGAAGAAUGUGAGGAAGAAGACGGUAGACGCAAACGGAAAUCCAACACUGGUAGCGCCGAAGAAACCAAAGAGGGUUAGCGCAAAAAAACAGGCGCAGCAACAGCAGCGGCAACUACAACAAACAACUCAGCAACAGUCGCAGCAGCAACAACAACCGCCGGUAAUAAAUGAGUGCAUACGAACGGAUAGCCUAGAAAGCAUCGGCGACGUCAGCUCUUCUCUGGGGAAUACGUCGUAUAUGCCCGUAUCUAAUGAUGCGGCGAAUUUGCUUAGCGCUCCAACGCUUCACCAGCACCCAUGCAAUAAUAGCAAUACUAACGGAAGUGGCAAUUACAAUGGAUCUCAACAACAACAGCAGCAGCAACUACCAAAUAGCCAUACGAAUGGUGGUGUUAAUGUUCCUGGUAGCUUGCAAGCGACCGCCAACGCCAACAAUCAAAUGCAUGCGAGUCUACAUCCCGCCGCUCAACAUGUCCACGCAUCACUUCCGCCACCACAACAGCAACCUGAUAUGAUGGCGAAUCUGCAACACAUAAAACAAGAUUAUGAUCUGACUACACUGUAGAAAUCAAGAGCAUGGGAUAGACGUUUGGGAUAAGGUUCUUAAACUAUAAUUAAUUAACUCAUUUCGAUUGAGUGGUGAAUCUAAUUUGCAAAUAUAGUAUUUAAAUGAGAGUCAUUUUCUUCUGAAGCUACGAAAAAAUUAACCACGAUAACUUAAACGGCGAGGCUCAUCGUGGUUCAAUUGCCAG